UCACAAAAUAAACCACAUUAUAAAAUCUUCCUAGUCUUCCAUUACAAAAACAACCUUAAAAACCAAAAACAACACAUCUUUUAGUUUGUUUGUGAACGAUGUCUCAAUAUCAAAAUCAAUACGGUACUCAAACACGUAAGACCGAUGAAUAUGGAAACCCAGUGAACCAAGUUGAUCAACAUGGCAACCCUAUUAGUAGUGGCGGGUUAACCGGUGAAGCCGGUAGACAACAUUUUGGAACUACCGGUGCUGCCGGUCAUGGUCAUGGUCAUGGUCAACAACAUCAUGGAGUUGAUCAAACCACAGGGUAUGGAACCCACACAGGUGGUGUGGGUGGUUAUGGAACCAAUCCCGAGUAUGGAAGCACCAACGUUGGAAGUGGUUAUGGAACAGGAACGGGGUAUGGUGGAACAGGAACCACUGAGUAUGUGAGAGAGGAGCAUUAUGUGCAACAUGGAGAUAAGAAAGGGGUUAUGGAUAAGAUUAAGGAGAAGAUUCCUGGUACUGAACAAUCAAGAACCAAUAUUGGUGGUACAGGGUAUGGAACAGGAACAGGAACCGGGUAUGGAACAACUGGCUAUGGAGCUAGUGGUGGUGGCAUCGGAAACACUCGUCAAGAGUACGUGAGAGAGGAGCAUCAUGUUCAUCAUGGAGAUAGGCAACAUGGUGCUAGUGGUGGUGGUGGCCUUGGAAGUGAAGAGUAUGUGAGAGAGGAGCGUCGUGUUAAUCAUGGAGACCUGAAACAUGGAGCUAUUGGUGGUGGCAUUGGAAGCACUGGUCAGGAAUAUGUGAGAGAGGAGCAUCAUGGAGAUCAGAAACAUCGAGCUAUGGGUGGUGGCAUUGGAAAUACUGGUCAACAGUAUGUGAGAGAGGAGCGUCAUGGAGAUCAGAGACAUGGAGCUAGUGGUGGUGGCAUUGGAAACACUACUCAAGAGUAUGUGAGAGAGGAGCGUCGUGGCAUUGGAAGCACUGGUGAAGAAGAGUAUGUGAGAGAGGAGCAUCGUGUUAAACAUGGAGAGAAGAAGGGGAUUAUGGAAAAGAUUAAGGAGAAGCUUCCUGGCUCUGGACACUAGAUCAUUAUCAUGGUUAAUAUCUAUAGAUAUAUGCAUAUGAUUAAAUAAUAAAUGUGUAUCUGGUGUAUUUUAAAUUUUUUGUUGAGUAAUUUGCUUCAUCUGUAAUGUUUUUUUAUUUGUUGUGUGAAUGUUUUGUAUCAUGUUAUGUAAUGGAUAUAUGAAUGAAUAAUGUAUAUA